CUGGGCUGCCAAGCUGGGCGCGCGGCAAAGUGGUGGAGUAGCUGGGGCGGCAGAGCUGCCCGCGAGGCCUGGAUGGGGGCGCCGCCGCUCUCUCCGGGCCGGGGAGCCGGGGCUGCCGGCCAGCGCUGGUGGGUGCUGCUGGCGCCCCUGCUGCUGGCGAUGCUGCUGGUGCGGCCCGCGGGGGCCCUGGUGGAGGGGCUCUACUGCGGCACUCUGGACUGCUACGAGGUGCUGGGCGUGAGCCGCUCGGCGGGCAAGGCGGAGAUCGCGCGGGCCUACCGCCAGCUGGCCCGGCGCUACCACCCCGACCGCUACCGGCCCGAGCCCGGCGACGAGGGCCUCGGGCGGACGCCGCAGAGCGCGGAGGAGGCUUUCUUGCUAGUGGCAACCGCCUAUGAGACGCUCAAGGAUGAAGAAACACGAAAAGAUUAUGACUACAUGCUGGAUCACCCAGAAGAGUACUACAGCCAUUACUACCACUACUAUAGCAGGCGCUUGGCCCCUAAGGUGGAUGUUAGAGUCGUGAUUCUGGUCAGUGUGUGUGCUAUUUCGGUGUUUCAGUUUUUCAGCUGGUGGAAUAGCUACAAUAAGGCAAUCAGCUACCUAGCCACGGUGCCCAAGUACCGUAUCCAAGCUACAGAGAUUGCCAAGCAGCAGGGACUGCUCAAAAAAGCCAAAGAAAAAGGCAAAAACAAAAAGUCCAAAGAGGAAAUUCGUGAUGAGGAGGAGAACAUCAUCAAGAACAUUAUAAAAAGUAAAAUAGAUAUAAAGGGGGGCUAUCAGAAACCCCAGAUCUGUGAUCUUCUCCUGUUUCAAAUUAUCUUAGCUCCUUUUCACCUGUGCUCAUAUAUAGUUUGGUAUUGCCGGUGGAUCUAUAAUUUUAACAUCAAAGGCAAAGAAUAUGGAGAGGAAGAGAGAUUGUACAUUAUACGUAAAUCUAUGAAGAUGUCAAAGUCUCAAUUUGAUAGUCUAGAAGAUCAUCAGAAAGAAACUUUUCUUAAACGAGAGCUCUGGAUAAAGGAGAAUUAUGAGGUUUAUAAGCAAGAACAAGAGGAAGAAUUAAAGAAAAAGUUGGCAAAUGACCCCAGAUGGAAGAGAUACAGGAGAUGGAUGAAGAAUGAAGGGCCUGGACGAUUAACAUUUGUGGAUGACUGAAGAUUGAUGAAAUGCUACUAUGCCAAAUCUUAAUUGUUAUAUUAUUUUCAUAACUGAAUUAUUUUAGAAAUGUAUCAAUUGACUGCUCCUCAGCAGUAACUAAAAUUUCUCAAGCAUUUGAUUAAACAGAAUAAUGUCGAAAUUUAAACCUUCCCUUAAAACUUUAUACAUAAGACAUUUAUGAUUGUUCAAUUUUUAUAAUCUAUUUGUGGAUUUUGUUAAAAGAUUUCACGUGAAGAUUUAUUAUUUGCCAUUUAAAAUUUUUAUAUGUUUAGUUAAAAGAUUUGACAUGAAAAUUUAUUAGAUACCAUUUAAAAAUUUUAUGUGUU